AUGGGUACCUACCGCCAGCUCUUGGGACAUCGUGUUUUCUCCUUGCAGAUGAAUCUCCUCGCCCAGGUGAACUCCCUCCUUCAGACCCUGCAAGCCCCGGACUGGCUGUUCCUCCAGGCCUGGCACUGGCUGGGCUCCUGGCCCCAGGCCACCAGUGGCCCUGAAACAUGGCUGGGUCCCCAGGCAGUGACUGGGGCAGUGACCACGGCAGGGUUCUUCCUCUGCGAGGGGCUGCUGGGACAACACUUCAACAUGGUCCCCAACGGGGUGGCUGAGCCCCAGCCUGGGGACCUCUUCCUCUUCCCGCUGGCCUCCGGGGGCCCUGGCUGGUGGGGCGCCCAUGCUGGCAUCUACUGCGGUGAUGGGGAGAUCAUCCACUUGGAAGGCGUUGUGGCUAAGCACGGCAAGAGCCACCUCCUGCGGACACGGGGCCCGGCCAAGGUGCUCCGCAGGAAGGGAGGGCUGGACGUGGCUGCCCUGCAGCGACGGAUCCGGGUGGCCAUGGACCAGCCAGUGGAGUACGACACCGUCACCUGCAACUGCAUCCACUUCGCUCUCGCCCUCCUGGGGCUGGGCCACCUUGCUGGUGCCAUGGUGUCCCCAGCGCUGCAGUGAUGGAGGUGAUGGUGCUCCUAAGAAACAUGUGGGGCUGAGUGCCCUCCCCUGGGCACCAGAACUGCACCAGUGAUUUGUCAAUCCUCCUGUGUGGCAAUAAACAGUUGCAUGGAAA